CGACAAAAUAUAUUAAAUAAAAUAUGAAUUCAGUGUAUGUUGCAGUUGAGGAAGAGAUAGCACUUGAAGGAUUAGAUGGAAUAACUCUAGAUGCACUUUGGUUUCGGCUUUCAGAAAGAUUAAAUUUUCCACUUCCGCUUCAUGACAAUUUCAAAAGAGUAGUGUGGAAAUUAAUUUUGGCUCGAUCAUGCUAUCAAUUCUUCGAAAUUAAUGAAAAUCGUGUCACACCAAAACGAAUGGAUCGGCGUGAUUAUUUCUUCAACACUGACAUACCAGAUGAAGUGUGUAAGGAUCUUCUAAAAUCAGUUUAUUAUAUCUAUGAUUUCGCACCAGUUGAAGGCGAUGAAGUGCGAGGAUCUUGCCGCGAAUUUAAAACAAGAAAAAAAUUAAAAUGCGACGCAAUUAAAGAUAUGGCAGUUGAGGAAGUUGAAAAAGUGUAUGAACAGAAGUUUGUAAUAGUCGCUAGUCAAAGUAUCAGAAAUGCUAUAUUAAUUCCAUCAAAUAUUGGUCGUGAAUGUGACAUCAACAAUCAAGGUUACUGUGUAUUAGAAAGAAUCGGUCGUUCACGAUGUUUUGGUGAAGCUACGUCAGGACAGUUUUCAUUAUCUGAGUUUUUAAAAGAUCAUACACUCAUUCAUUAUUAUCGAAAUUCUCUUUGCAAAAAUCAUCUGAUUACACGGCAACAUUUUCUGGCAAGAGUUCGAGGUGCUCAAAUAAACUGUCAAGUGUUACACCUUCCUCGUUUUUAUACAGCCAUUCAAACUAAUAACAUGGUUAUGACUGAAAGGCUUUUCGACUUUCUGAAAAAGAAGCCUAACCACACAGCUGAAAUUGAAUGUGUCACAAAAUUUUUGAAUAUCAAGCUGAAAUCACUUAGCGCUUUAGUCAAAACAAGACCAAACAUAUUUAUUUAUCACCGUAAACGUCCAUACCGUGAAUGUUAUCCGAAUGCUACAGAAGAAACUUACCUAAACAAGAAUAAAACUGAAAAAAUGAUCAACUUUUUCGGUCUAGUUGAUCCAAAUAUUGACAUUUUCACAUUUUGUGAGCCAAGUGAUGAUUUAAAACCAGAAGAAGAAACAAUUUUUAAUGACAUAACAAAUCAAAAAUUUAAUCGUGCAUUGACACAACAAGUUUUUCAAAAAAUUAUCGAAUCAGGAAAGGAAGGAGUGUCACAAUGCGAAAUUGGAAAAUACUUUGGACUUUCACGAUUAAAUGCUCGUUCAGUGAUACGAAGAUUACAAAGAGAAAAAUAUAUAUCGUCCUAUUUAAAAGACGAAGGACGUCAUCGGAUUUCAAAAUUCGUAGCAAAAGACGUUGCAAGUUAUACGAAUAAAGAUUACUUUGAAGAAAUUUCAAGAUUAUAUAAGAAUGCUGACACAACAGAUACACCUGGAUCUGAAACGAAAAUUUCCAUUCCUAUAACGCCAGAAGUUUUAAUGUCUUUAAAAACCGAAACUCCUUUAGAAAAACCGGCAGUUCAAAUUUCUAAUAUAAACAUCGAUAAAAACAACAAAGUAAUCAGAGAAAAUCCGUCAGAAGAACCACAAGUUCCUGUUGAAAGUGAGAAAAAAUAUUUACUCUCUGAUAAUGCUGAAAAAAUUACAGCCAACUUAAAAUUUGUCAAUGAUAUUUAUUCAAAACAUCAACAAAAUGAAACAAUUAUUGGAGAUAUAUUUAAAAAGAAGUUGAGUCAAAAAGUUCUUACAAGAAUCACAAAAAUUCUUGAAGUGAUCAAAGAGAAAAACAUAAUUGAGUUAAAUAUUUUACUUACCACUAUCAGACAGCAUGAAGCAGAUUUUAAGGAAGAGUUUUGUAAGAAAUCAAUGGCGAGACUUUGUAGAAAAUUAGCAACUGAUAACUUCUUAAAGAUUAUUGAAUUGGAGUUAAAAUCGAUAAAGAAAACAGUUAAAAUAAUUUAUGUCGCUCAAGUAAACAUUACUUUUGACAUGGAUCUAUGGAAUCCAAUUAUUGAAGAACAAAAAAUUCAACAUUUCAUAUCUCAUCGCACCCGAGAAUUUAUGACUUUAUUACCAAAGGAUAUUUCAUCUGCUAUUUCAUCAAAUUCAACUCAAAGUGAUAAGAAAGUUGAAUUCGUGCCUAAAUUUAUGAAGAUGAAACUUUUCCACGAAUUUUUGUUUUAUCUUAUUUAUGUUUGUCCCAAAGAACAUAAGAAGAUUCCAAUAAAAGAAGCAAUCGAAAUUUGGUCUAAAGAAAAUCCAAUGUUGACAGAUUUAGAUGAAAUCAGUGAAAAAAUUACAAAUUGUUAUAGCACAAACAUUGGAUGGAAAUUGUUUGUGACACCAUUGAAUCCUAAUGACGAAUAUAAAACAGGUUGGGGAUUGCUCCGUGACAUCAUUCAUCGAAUUCCUUUAAAUUUGUUUGUCAAAAUCGCACGACCUCGUGGACGAUCAUCGGACAUAUUUUCAUCAGAAUUUCAUGAAUAUCUAAAUCAUCCAAUCAAAUGUAAUUAUCUUCUUCAUUUUCUACCAUGGGAUCUUCGAGAACAGCUUUUUUGUGGUCGUAAAGGAGUACUUGUCAUUCAUGAACUAUGUAAAAAGCUUUGUUAUUGUGGUUUGCUUCAAUUUGGUCCAUCGCGAACUAAAGAAAUCGAUCAAGCUUUUAUUUAUUUGAAUAAAAAUGCAAGUUUAUGGGAUACAAGAUCGUCGAAAUCGGGAUAUCUAAAAAUUGAAGAGAAAGAAUAUCCAAUCAUUAAGUUUAAUUUUGAUUCAGAAGAAACAGUCAUGAAGUAUUGGGAUGAAAUGUAUGAAAUUGCAACAAACACAGAUAUCAACCAUAAAAGUGUAGCUAGUGAAGAUGAAACAGAGAUUGGACUUCUUAGUGCAAGUCCUGAAAUUCAGAAAAUGUUGAAAGCCCAAACACCAACUUCAGUUUUGAUUAAUGAUGACGGUAAAAUUCCUGGUGAUCACAAAGGGGCUGCAGGCUUAGACAAAGCAUUUAUGGUUCACAUGAAUAGAAAUUGGAAAUUUUCAAUGGAAAAGGUACGAACCCGUUCAGUUUUAUCUUCCGCCAUGGUGAAAUCAAAAACAAAGAAAGAUAUGUCAACAGUUGUGAAAGAAACAGCAGCAAAAAUAAUCAGUAAAACUAUCACGACCAUUCAAGCUAGAUAUAAAUCGAAACCAAUGGGAAUUGAUCCAAAAUCAAAAGUUAUACUUAAGAAAAAUUUCAUACAUAACAAGAAAGUUGAUGUUUUAGAUGCAGUUGAUAAAGAAGCCAAAAAAUCAUUGAAGACAAUGCGUUUGAUAUGGAGUGAUGUAGAAGAUAAAACUCUGUUGAUGAUUAAAGUUGCAAUGAAAUAUGUUUUUCCACAUGGGAAUAAAACAUUCUUUGAGAUAAGCCCGAAAAUUUAUCGUGACAUUCUUCAUUGGCGAACAGAAAAAGCAUUAACGAAGACGGCUAAAAAUUGUUUCAGACGAUUACAAUAUCUGUCGAAAUCAAGACCAUUAGUAAGAGAACAAAUAAUUUUAUAUCUUGAAGAGUUGAAUGCAAUCAAAUCAUUUCGCGCGAAAUACGAGAACCUUUUUGAACGCGUAAGUAAAAUUUAUCCUUCAGAAUAUGUUUAUGAUGCUAUUAAGAUUCAUAUUGUUGAAAUGGUCCACAUAAUUCAACAAAUUUUCUUCGAUAAACUUAUGAACGAUAAAAGUUUUCUACGACAAGAUAUUCGUCAAAUCCCAUCAGAUUACGAUUUGAUCUUAAAGAAAUAUUCACUGAUGAAUCCAUCAGCAAAACAGGCAACAGUUCAAAAUUACCGCAAUCCAGAAACUACUGAAGAUAUUAAAGUUUUCAAAAUUAUGACUGUAAUUCAUAGUGCGGUUUGCUGUUCGAAGGAUAAGAAGAAUUUUUCUUAUCAUUUAUUUGAAGUGUAUAAGAAGUUUGACGACUACAGUCUGAAUUUGGGAUUAUCUCAGUUGCGACGAGCUUCAGUUGUAACUUCAAUUAAGAGGAAUAAAAGUGAUUUGAAUCUUCUUCUACCUCAGUCAACAUCUCCUUUCCAUUUGUCAGCGCGUUAUAGCAUGCAAAUAUCAAGUGGAUAUGUUCCUGUUGAAUUGUAUGAUGAAUAUUAUGAAGCUGUCAAAAUACUAUCAUCAAGUGAAGGUUCUUAUAAACUUAAAAGAAUAAAUUGUGGCUGGAUUUAUUUGUUGGCAGAAAUGAUAAGCUCAAGAAAUGUCAGUUUAAAAUAUGACAUGGCAGAUAAACUUGUAAUGAUCGAUCCAGCUUUACGUAACAACUCAAAAUUCAUGGAAAUGUCUGAAAAUUAUCAAAGAAGAUUGGAUCAACAGGUGAUGGUGUCUCAACAAAAGAAAAAUCUGAAAUUUUCAUCUGACGACACACUCGAUGAAAUUUUCUUGUUUAAAGAAGAUCCAAUUGAAUACUUCUUUAAGAUUCCAUCAUUUUAUCUUCAUCUGAUAUGUGCACUUCAUUCCAUUUCUAAAAAUGAACGAAUUUCAACGGAAAAAUGGUCAGUAAUAGAAGAGAGAUGCUCAUUAAAAUACUGUAUCGUACAAGAAAUUGAAUAUGGAAACAAAUUUCUUGAGAUUUCAAAGGAAACACAAGAUUCAACACAUCCCGGGUUAGACGAAGAAUCUUGGCUAUCAGAUUAUAAGAAAAUUUCACGUAAACUUGAAGAUACUGAAACAAUGGCUGAAGAAGAACUUGACUCGACCCUUAUUCGGCAUUCCAAGAUGUUAACCCAGUUGAAGGAGUUCAAUGUUAGCAACAGAACUGCUGAUUCGUUUGUUGUCAAUUUCUCAACAGUUUAUGUUAAUGUAGAUCGUUUUGAAGAGAAAGAAAUUUUCGAAGAUAUUAACAUUAAUAAGACAUUAACACCAUUCAAUGAAGAAACACGAAAUUUGUGGUUGAAGACAAUUUUAGAUUCUGUCAAGUGGAAAUAUGAAGAACUGGAAAGCAGAGAUUUACAAACUCAAUUGACAUCAAUCGGAAUUGCCAGCACUUUUGAGAUUAUUCAACUAUCUGAAAUAUGUUCACAUCUUCAAACCAAAAAAUGUUUCGGAGCAACAGUUGAAGAAUUGCUGGAAAUUUUCUGUGAUAAACACCGAUUGCAGCAGCAAAUUAAACUUUUAAUGGAUAAAAAAAUUGUUUUAAGGGUUGGCGUUGAAACAAUAAGAUUUGUUCACAAAGAAUUUGCUUCAUAUUGGUUGAUUGAUACUUUUACAUAUAUUCGAGAAAAACAACAAUCAGCAGAUGAGUCAAAAGAGCCAUCUCCUAAAAAAAUUAAGAUUGACGAGCAAUGUGAACCAUCUACAAGCCAAGAAACUACUGAGAGUCAUCAAACUGAAGAGAAAUCAACCAUAAUAAAAAUUCCUUUCUUCCUUCAUUCUUUUCCAUGGAUUCGUGUCAAUGGAACAUUGAAUCGAAGAGUUUUUGAUAAAUGGUUAGGUACUAUUCUCAAUUAUCUCUCAACAUCGCCUUGUACAAUAUUAAGUGAUCUGUGUAACAAAUUUAACAUUCUGACUCCUUUUGAAAUAAGAAAUUUAUGUGAAAUUCUUGAAACGAUUGGAUGUGUGCGAAUGACUACCAUUUCUGAGGCAGAAGUUGACCUUUUCUCAGAUUACGCAUCACCCAAAAUAGAACCAACGACAUAUUUUUGCCCACCUAAGAAAAUCAAUAUCGAAAUCUGCUGCAAUGCAUUUCAAAGAUUAGCAUUUUUCAUCGGACGUAAAAAAUAUAAAACACCAUUCAUUUAAACUUAUUAAUGUAGGAUUUUCGUCUUAAAUGUAUGGAUUUUUUAAAGGAUAACUAAUAAAAUAUAUCGUUAAAAUUCAAAUAU